AUGGCGAAAUUUAUCGACUUAACUCAUUGGCUUCUCUUGUUAAUGAUCCUCUUUAAUGAGGAAUUAGUCGAAGGAAGAAAGAUUGUGAACAGUGCAAUAGUCAAAACCAUUGAGGUUGAUGAUCAUGAGAUCAUUGAUUAUUAUGAUAUUUAUAGACAACCAAGCCUUAAUCAUUCUUUGCUUCGUAAUCAUACAAUACAGGUGUUUGAAGAUCUAUACGGUGAUGCCCAUACCAGAUUUUUCAUAUUCUGGACGACGGAUGGAUACCAGGACACCGGUUGCUACAACCUCAUGUGUGAAGGUUUUGUGCACACAUCAUCAGAUAUCGCCCUUGGUUGCGCAUUCAGUGAGGUGUCUACUUUUAAUGGUAGUCUAAAAGAUGCCUCCUUCAACAUUUAUAAGGACCAAAAUACUGGAAACUGGUGGGUACAACUACAAGGUAUUGCGGUCGGUUAUUAUCCAAGUUCUCUCUUCACAGAAUUAUCAAAGAUGGCAACAAGGGUAAGCUGGGGCGGAGACGUCACUAAUUAUGAAAGUAAAGACCGACAUACUUCGACUCAAAUGGGUAGUGGUCAUUUUCCUUCCGAAGGUGGUUUGAAGACAUCAAGUUAUUUUAAUUGGAUUCAAGUAGUUGAUGAAAAUAAUAUGUCCAAAGACCCAGAAAAUAUUGAUAUAUUUGUUACCAAUCCAUCCUGCUAUGAUUUGAAGAUUGAUGACAACCAUCGUGAUACAAAUGGCUUUGGUUUUUACUUUGGAGGUCCCGGUUAUAACGAUAAAUAUCAAUGA